AUGCCGGCUCCUGAAGUUGUGGAAGAUGGGUCCAUUCCUUUCUGCUGCCUCCAACAUAGGACACUGAAAGCCGUCAUUAAAAUGGAAAACAUAACUAUUCUAACUACUUUGAUCUCUACUUUGAAUGCUCGAGGCCUUUCGUGCUUCGUUACAUCGAUAGGGCUUGGUGGAAGUUGUAGUUCAGGGAUACCUCCACAAACUUUUCUAUUCCCUACCAUUGAUAUUUCGCUUACACUUUUGAAAACUCCUCCUGUUGGUACCUUACCGAACAAGUUAUUUCGUGAACGGUUUGGAUAUCGGAUGCUUUUUAUAGAAGGAAAGCGGAGGGAAUGGUUCCCUCAAAAACAUUUCCUUGCAGACUUAGGUACUCGGGGGGCAUACAAUCACCAAUGGUUUCUGGAAUUUCUCCCAGACAAUUUGCAAAUCCUCAGAAGCAUGCCGGCUCCUGAAGUUGUGGAAGAUGGGUCCAUUCCUUUCUGCUGCCUCCAACAUAGGACACUGAAAGCCGUCAUUAAAAUGGAAAACAUAACUAUUCUAACUACUUUGAUCUCUACUUUGAAUGCUCGAGGCCUUUCGUGCUUCGUUACAUCGAUAGGGCUUGGUGGAAGUUGUAGUUCAGGGAUACCUCCACAAACUUUUCUAUUCCCUACCAUUGAUAUUUCGCUUACACUUUUGAAAACUCCUCCUGUUGGUACCUUACCGAACAAGUUAUUUCGUGAACGGUUUGGAUAUCGGAUGCUUUUUAUAGAAGGAAAGCGGAGGGAAUGGUUCCCUCAAAAACAUUUCCUUGCAGACUUAGGUACUCGGGGGGCAUACAAUCACCAAUGGUUUCUGGAAUUUCUCCCAGACAAUUUGGUUUUAGAGAUAUCCAAUGCAUUUAUAUGGUGUGCUUAA